CAUUGUGCUAACAGGAUGAAGUUGACCAGUGAAAAGUUGCCCACGAACCCCAUUUAUACCUCUAUCAUAACACAGUAUGCUGUUAAUAACCAAAAAUGGAUGAAGGAAAAGACUGAUCAUUACACCCAUGCUAAUUUGGUGGACACGGCAUUACAGCUCUUGAAGGAAAGAAUCAGAAGAGGGGAUGCUCGGGCUUAUUUCCUACGAGGUCAACUAUAUUUUGAAGAGGGAUGGUAUGAAGAAGCAAUAGAACAGUUUGAAGAAAUCAAGGAGCAGGAUCAUCAAGCAAUUUACCAGCUAGGAGUAAUGUAUUAUGAUGGGCUGGGGACACCUGUAAAUGCUGAAAAAGGAGUGGAUUAUAUGAAGAAAAUCGUUGAAUCGCCAUGUCCCAAGGCAAGACAUUUACAAUUUGCAGCAGCUUACAACCUUGGAAGAGCUUAUUAUGAAGGAAAAGGCGUUAAACGAUCAGAUGAGGAAGCUGAAAGACUGUGGCUUUUUGCUGCAGACAAUGGAAAUCCAAAAGCUAGCGUGAAGGCUCAAAGCAUGCUAGGAUUAUAUUACUCAACAAAAGAGCCUAAAGAGUUAGAAAAGGCAUUUUAUUGGCAUUCUGAAGCAUGUGGUAAUGGAAAUCUGGAAUCCCAAGGUGCUCUUGGCUUCAUGUACUUUUAUGGACAAGGCAUCCGCCAGAACACUGAAGCUGCCCUGCAGUGCUUACGGGAAGCAGCAGAACGUGGAAAUGUCUAUGCUCAAGGGAAUCUCGUGCAGUAUUACUAUAAGAUGAAGUUUUUCACAAAGUGUGUUACAUUUUCCAAAAGGAUUGCUGAUUAUGAUGAGGUCCAUGACAUCCCCAUGAUAGCUAAGGUCACGGAUUGUCUCCCAGAAUUCAUCUCCAGAGGCAUGGCCAUGGCAUCUUUCUACCAGGCACGAUGUCUGCAGCUGGGUUUAGGUAUCACCAAGGAUGAAGCAAAAGCGAAACACUAUUUUUCUAAAGCUUGUCGGCUGAAUCCUGCAUUGGCAGAUGAACUUCACUCUUUACUUAUUCGUCAAAGAAUUUAG